UUCAGGAAAUUAGAAAUACUUGAAGGAAAAAAAAUAAAAUAAAAAAUCCUUAGAAAACAGGUCUGAAGAAUGGCUCUAGCUAUGGCUACAACGGCUGGCUUCUGUGGCUCUUGUCAUGCAGUCCUGGAAGGCAGCCUCCAGCUUAGUGGCUCAUCAAGUCGCUUGAGCAUGGCUAAAAUAAAUAGAAUUGCUAUAGCUAAAUCAGGUCUGAGAGUUCGAGCCCAGCAGCAGGGCUCAGCUGAGACUGGUGAGACCAGCCGGCGAGCCAUGUUGGGGCUUCUUGCUGCUGGGAUGGCCUCAGGGUCAUUUGUUCAGACCGUGCUAGCUGAAUCCAACUCCACCUUGCUUGCCACACCAACUACACUCCCCGCCAAAAUGACUAAAAAAAUCAGAGUCGCUGGAAUUCCCGGUUUGUUAUCCGCAAAAUCUGACAGCCAGGGCCUCAUCCGUGCCGCCGUGAAGCUCAACAUUGACGGAUUGGUGGUAGAUCCUAUAGACAUAACAAAACUUCCACUUAUCAACGUGGAGGAUAAUCCCGACAUUCCACCCGAAGUGGAGGAUUUCAUAAACCAUGUUCGUCGUGCUGAUGCCAUACUCUUCUCUGCGCCUGAGUACAAUUACUCCGUCACUCCUAUUACUAAAAACGCGAUUGAUUGGUUAUCUCUAAGGUCAGACAGUCUGGCUGGUAAAACUGCUGCAAUCAUCAGCACAGGAUGGGAUUUUGGUGGGGGCAGAAUGCAAUAUCAUCUCCGCCAGAUUGGGGUCAGAACUAAUUUGCAUUUCAUCAAUGCCCCUGAGGUAUUCGUGCGAACAACAGUAGACGAACAAAACCCUCCAAAGUUUGAUGCCAAUGGCGACUUGAUUGAUGAUAACGUCAGGGCACAACUGCAGCAACUUCUCAUAUCCUUGAGAGAUUUUACACUGCAGUUACAUUGUCACAAUCUUAUCGGCCAGAACAAAACUCUUAUCUCCUGAUCUUGCAACCUUGUUGUUCUGGGACUUGAAGAAUGAACACAACUUUAUGAUGGUGCAACUUUAAGAAUACUAACGGGAAUAAAGAUGAAGUCAUGUUAAUUAAGAUGUACGUGUACUUUUGCUCUAUCAUAUUAUGUAUACCAGCCAAUUUCGGGUCCUUAAAAAUAAUAGCACCUUCGAGGAAUAUGUGCAUACUCAAUAACGUUGUAAUUGUAAGAUAAAUUAUACUC